AUGACAGAUGAUGUGGAACGGUGUCGAGCGGCCUUGAAGAGAUGUGCCCCUGGUCAUUCUGAUCGAUCAUACACUCUCAACAAUCUCGCCCUCAGCCUUGUGGACAGGUUCAAGCAGCGGGGCGUCCCAUCUGACCUUGAUGAGUGCAUCGAGCUCCAUCGGGCUGCACUACUCCUUCGUCCCCCUGGUCAUUCUGAUAGAUUACACUCUUUCAACAAUCUCGCCAACAGUCUUCUAGACAGGUUCAGGCAGCGGGGCGUCCCAUCUGACCUUGAUGAGUGCAUCGAGCUCUAUCGGGCUGCACUACUCCUUCGCCCCCCUGGUAAUUCUGAUCGAUCAUACUCUCUCAGCAGUCUUGCCAACAGUCUGCGACACAGAUUCAUGCAGCGGAGCGUCCCAUCUGACCUUGAUGAAUCCAUCGAGCUCCAUCGGGCUGCACUACUCCUUCGUCCCCCCGGUCAUUCUGAUCGAUCAUACUCUCUCAGCAGUCUUGCCAACAGCCUUCGACACAGAUUCACGCAGCGGGGUGUCCCAUCUGACCUUGAUGAAUUCACGCAGCGGGGCGUUCCAUCUGACCUUGAUGAGUGCAUCGAGCUCCAUCGGGCUGCACUACUCCUUCGUCCCCCUGGUCAUUCUGAUCGAUCAUAUUCUCUCAACAGUCUCGCCCCCAACCUUGAAGACAGAUUCACGCAGCGGAGCGUCCCAUCUGACCUCGAUGAGUGCAUCGAGCUCCAUCGGGCUGCGCUACUACUUCGUCUCCCUGGUCACUCUGAUCGAUCAUACUCUCUCAGCAGUCUUGCCAGCAGCCUUCGACACAGAUUCACGCAGCGGAGCUUCCCGUCUGACCUUGAUGAGUCCAUCGAGCUCCAUCUGGCUGCACUACUCCUUCGUCGUGCCGGUCAUUCUGAUCGAUCGUGGUCUCUCAACAAUCUCGCCCUCAGCCUUCGACACAGAUUCACGCAGCGAGGCGUCCCGUCUGAUCUUGAUGAGUGCAUUGAGCUCCAUCGGGCUGCACUACUCCUUUGUGCCCCCGGUCACUCCCUUCGAUCAUCGUCUCUCAGCAGUCUUGCCAACAGCUUUCGAGAGAGAUUUACUCAGCAGGGGAUUUCAUCUGACCUUGAUGAAACAUUUAGCUUGUUCUCGCAACUCCCCCACAUAUCUCAUGCGGCCUCUCGUACAGAUCUUACCGCUGCUAAGUCAUGGGCCGCCGCUGCCGAGGAGACAAAUCAUGAUUCUGCAUUGCUUGCAUAUCAAAGUGCAUUGAAAUUUCUAGAUCAGCAUGUCACUCUUUUUUCGUCUUCGUCGCGUCAUUUCGAUGCCGUGAGGAUCGCAACGGCUUCGCUUGCUGUAGACACUUUCUCUUGCAGCGUUCGUCAUGGCGCUCUGACAACUGCUGUGGAACUGGUGGAGCAAGGUCGUGCAGUAUUCUGGACCCAGUUGGCACGCUUCCGCACAACCCUUGAUGAGCUUUCCACGGUUCGUAACACCGGUGCAGCCUUGGCGAAAGAGUUCAAGCAGCUGAGCUUUCGCCUCCGUAAUGCGUUCGAUCAGUCUACUGAAGACCAGUCUCCCCAAAUCCGCCAACUCACUAUUAAAUGGGAUGACAUGGUUUCACGCAUCCGCAUGCUUCCCGACUUUUCUCGGUUCCUCCUGCCUCCUCUUUUCUCAGACCUACAGAAGGCGGCUGCAGAAGGUCCUGUCACCAUUGUCAAUGCUAGUCAGUACAGCUGCGACGCCUUGAUUGUCCUAAGUAACCGAGAUCCUGUCCACGUUCCAAUUGAUAUCACGCAGAUCGAAGUUUCUGAUUUGUCCUUCGAGUUUCAGUCCCUUUCAAAAGAAUUUGGUUCUUUUGAUACUCAACACCAGCUUAUCAGCAUCCUUCGGAAACUUUGGCAUGUCAUUGUUGGCCCCGUAGUACAAGCCCUUAGGGUGUCAAAUGUUCACCCUGGCUCGCGUAUCUGGUGGUGUCCCACUGCUGAGUUCACGCUGCUUCCUCUGCAUGCAGCAGGACUCUAUGAGAAGAAGAGAGACAGUUUGUCUCACAUCUACAUCUCCUCGUACACCCCCACUUUGGCGACACUUGUUCGUGCGAGACAGCAGGUUUCUCGAGAUGCGUCCCCCCAACAUUUUGUUGCCAUUGGUCAAGGAAACCCGGAUGAAGGGAAGCCACUCAAAUGUGUCGGUCCCGAGCUAGCCGUUGUCGCCCAGAGUCUCACGCCCGUCGUGUCGUCCUUCACGUCGCUCGAGGACAGCGACGCAACAGUCGAGGGUGCAUUUGAUGCACUGAACCAUAACCAGUGGCUUCACCUGGCCUGCCACGGAAUGCCGAAUCGACAACAACCAUUUGAAUCUUCCUUCGCAAUGCGUGAUGGGCCGUUGAUGGUCAAGGACAUCAUCCGAUCCAACUGGCAGGACCCUCAGUUUGCAUUCUUAUCGGCUUGCCACACUACCGUGGGCGAUGAAAAGAGUCCCGACGAGUCUAUCCAUCUCGCUGCUGCUAUGCAAUUCUCCGGAUUUCGCAGUGUGAUUGGUUCUAUGUGGUCUGUCGACGACAAGGUUGCACAGGAGGUUGUGUCUGCUUUUUACGGGAACUUGGUGAAUGGUUCUGGGAUAUUGGACUGCACGCGCGCUGCGAUGGCGUUGCACAAGGCUGUGAAGAAAUUGCGCAAUAAAAUUCCGCUGGAACAGCAGAUCGUAUUUAUUCACAUAGGUGUCUAG